UCCCCGGCUCCAACCGAUACGGCGGAAGAACAGGCAGGCCGCAGGCGUGCCCGGGCCCGACCUCCAACCGCGCUCUCGGCGCCGUGGCGGGUCCACGAGCCACGGCUCCGAGCUCUCGGCGAUGCCGGUGCGUCGGCGGAUGCCGCAUCAGCGGCUGGUGGAGCGGCGACAGGAGAACGGGAUCGUGAAGAGGUACAAGGAGAUGGGGAUAGCGGCCGCGCUGUCGCGGCCGUGGGACUACCCGACGGCUUGCCGCGAGCUGGCCGAGCUCCUGCGCCACGGGUACGCGGGCCUCCCGAAGGCCGCCAAGGCCCUCGUCGCCAGCGACGUCCUAACCGCCUUCCGCCUCCUCCCCGAUGUGCAUACAGGGUAUGCAUUACCGGCGGCUAAUGGUCUUCUCCAAGCGGUGGAAGUUUCCCUACCAAAGCAAAAGAAGUCGCAGGCUAUUUCAGAGUUCAAGUGUUCUGUAGUUGCACAUAAGAGGCGUGCUAGAGUUCAACAAGAGCCAGGUCCUCCACACAUACCACAUGAUGUGCUUGUUCAUAUCUUCAGUUUUCUAGACAUGCGUUCUCUGGUAGCAGCUGGUCUAGUUUGCUGGUCUUGGAAUUCAUCUGCAAAUGACAACCAACUGUGGAAAAUGAACUACUCCAUUUUCUUUAGCAUCUGCGAUGUGAGUUCAAACAGCAUACCUGUAUCAAGUGGUGUACAGAACAGUGAUGGUCUUCUUGUGCAGAAUAGCACGGAUCCAGUAUCUGGUGAUUCCAGUUUGAACUGGAAAGAGGUUUUCCACAAUAAACGUGCAGAAUACAUACUUUGGAGUUCUGCAUCAAACAAAGCAGUAUGCCGGCAAUGCCAGGCGAUUAUUUGGCUGAGCAACUUGACAUGUGCUGCUCCACACCAAUGUCCUAAUAAGAACGAAAAAGAUGGAGUAAAACUAACGCCUCUGUUACCUUCUACAGUUACAGGUUACAUAUUGAACUCUCAUGGUCGGCUAUCUUCAUCAUCUGACAGUGAUGAUACAGAUAGUGAUUCUGAAGAUAAUACGUCGAGACGAUUUUGGAGUUGUCAUUUGGACUGAGAUUAGUCUUGUAAAUUUGCUUUACUAAUUAGUUUUGUUAUACCGUAGUUGUGCACUGUUUUUGACCACUGACUACAACUCUAUGAAAGGCUCAAUGGGCGGAACCCAAGCUUAUAAGUUGUGCUCCAAUGCUAUUGGCAGUAGUUUUUCAUUAGCAAGUGAGAAUGUUUUUUUUUU